AUGGAUAGAUCAAUAUCAUCGACAAAGGGAGAAAUGGUACAUGUCGAGGUGGUCAAUACUGAUGAUUGGAUUAGUAAAAUCUCAAACGAUCUCUUGCUUGAGAUCUUAUCAAAAUUGUCGACCAAAGAAGCCAUUAGGACAAGUGUUCUAUCGAAAAGAUGGGUGAAUGUGUGGAAGAAGACGUCUCAACUAUGUUUGGACAUGAGAACGAUCGCAAACACCACAACUCUUUUGCCAGAUGUUUCUCAUCAAGCAGCUAAAUCAGUGACCAAUGUUAUAAAGGAUCAUUGUGGCCGUUUGGAAAAAUGCUCAAUCUACCAUGACUCAGACCAAUGUGUAAACGGGAUGUUGAAGUUUUGGGUUCAGUUACUGGUUAUUGUGAAACACACCAAAGAUCUCACACUGGAAAACUUUUCUCUCAAUAGGAAACGAAACGUCACACUUGACUUACCUCCUCGGUCAUUUUCCCAUCCAAGCCUCACAUCUCUCUCGCUAGGCCGGUACAAGUUAGAAGCUCCACAUGCUUUCUCCGAUGGCCGGAAUUUAAAAAAUCUCAAACUGAUUGGUAUCUCUGCUGAGAUUGAAGUCUUUAAUGCAGUCCUUGCGUCUUGCACUUCUCUUGAAGUGCUUGCACUAAAGACCAGUUGCAUCUCCAAAGGUGGUAGUCUGAAAAUUGAGAACCAUAACCUAAAGUUCUUAUAUCUAUCUUGUUCUAGGAUAAAAUGUAUUGAGGUGUUUUCACCCAGCCUAGAUAUCCUCUCCAUUGGAUCUCUCUCGUGUGAGAUAGAGAACGUCGUCAUUGCAAGCCCUAGACUCCAUUUCAAUCGAAACUAUUGGGCUACGGGAAAAAUUUUUCCUCACACUAGCUAUUAUAUAUCAUGCCCCCAGCAGGGGGAAAAAAGCAUUGGAAAUGAAAUUAUGAUGAAUGGAUCCAAUGUUUGUAUGAAAAUGUUUGCAUCAAUGUCGGUGAGUGUAGACUUAACUAAUGCAAAAGAGGUUGAGAUGCUCAAACAAGUGUUAGCUGCAUGGCCUGGAGACAUGUACGAAGUUGAGAUUUUAUUUAAGGGUAACAAUGCUGCUAGGAAUGAAAGUGAGUCGUCCUCCGUUGGAUAUACACAGAACACGUUUUGGGAAGAUACAAAACCGUUUCCCAGCGCUAAGUUCCGUGCAUAUACUGUAUGGUUGUCUAACUUUAGCGGUUCAUAUGAAGAGUUUGCGUUGGCCUCGCGUAUGAUAACGCAAGGGACGGUAGUAAGGUGUAUGAUGAUCAGACCAUCGUCGGUAUCUCCAGCUAAGAAGUUGGAGAUUGAAGCGGCAAUAGCCAGGCUUAAGGAGCUUCCAAAAGGUGACGAGGACCUUGCUAUCGUGAAGUUCUGA